GUCAAUGUUGACGUAUAUAUAUAAAUAUGUAUGCGAUCAAUAAUUUGGCAAUCGAACUGAGUGCGAUCUGGGAAGACGUAGUGCGCUGCUUUAAAGGGACGUUGGGGCGUAUGCGCAACAUUGAAACAAUUGCGAAUUUGAUUGCCGCCACAGAGCGCAGUAUCGGAGAACACCUGCGUCGGAGAGAACUCAAUUGCGUUUAUGGACGACAGCGCGAACGCAAAUUUGGCGUUCGAUAUAAAAAUGAUUGCUGACAUCUCUAUUAAAAACAGUCGGCAUUAAGUAUUUGAAUACACUAAUUGGGCACACAUAAAACGAAAUUUAAACGGAGAGCGUGCUACGAAAGCAAAAAGCGAAGCAGGAAAAACCUUUAAAGGACUUCACUAAAAACUAGCAUUCUAGAUUAAUAUUAACAAAUUGUUUUGCAAAAUGCUAAAUCUUGGAUAUACGACAUUACACCAUUUCUUACUUGUAGCCGCAGUGCUGAGUGGCGUCACACAUGCACGUCAGCUGCGCAGUAACCGCUUGUCGGCACGUAUUGAGCAGGCAGAUAGUGGCGAUAUCGAGGUGGCUGUGGUAGAGGAAGUUUAUCCAACUCCAUAUCCGGCUGCUGGUUAUAGGCCUGGCCGUGCAUUCAACCUACCCGGCGAAGAUGAAAGCCUUGCAGAUGACGAGCAAACAGAAGGCGCUGGUGUAGCUGGCACAACAACCGUAUUGCCCGCGAACGAGUACACCACUACGGAGGUGGCCGUUGCAGCUGAGACCACCACACCAUACAACUGGGUACCCGCUGAACUGGCGAACGAUGAUGCCGCCAAGCAAGGGCGCGCAGCUAAAGCACCCUAUCCACCUGCUGGAUGGCGUCCAAGCCGCGCCUUUUUGUUACCCACUGAAAUAAAAGCCGCACAAGAAGCGGAUUCCGCUGUCGCUGAAGAAGCACCUGUUCCAAACGAUAAGGAUAUUGUGUAUGCGUACGAAACCAGCACUGCAACGCCGCUUGCGCCCUUCACAACGGAACUGCCUAUUAUUGAAACAGUAAACGAAGUGAACGCUGUGAAUGCUGCAGAGGAGACUGCUGCACCAACUGUUUCCAAAGCAGAUAAAGCACCGUAUCCACCAUCAGGUUGGCGUCCAAGUCGUGCUUUUCUAUUGCCCACAGAGAUCGCAGCCGCCAAUCAGGACUCAACCAUUGCUGUGAAUGAGCCUGAGGAUCCAGUGUCGCCAGCCGACAAGGCUGGUCAUCCUGCUUGUGGUGUAAGUGACAAUCCGGUAGCGCCAAAGCCAGAGGAAGGCGCCAAAGAGAAUCCGGAUGCGGAACGUGUCUAUGUCAAAGCGAACUUGGAGCCAGCCGUAGUGAAAUCGCCAUUGACAUUGCCUAUAUUGCUGCGUUCACAACGUUUAAUCACACCGCCGAUUUAUGUGCCGGCUGGUCGCUCCUUCGCCUACUCCGCCAGUGUGCAGAGCUGGCGCUAAGCAGUAUAUUUGUUUAGUAUUCAGUGAAAAUGUGUUUGAAGAAAGCAUAUAGGAUUCUUAUUAUUUUUAAGGCUGAUCGUUUUUUAUAUACUUUAUUUGUUUUUAUAUAAUUUUUUAGAAAAUAAAAUUUUUAAUAAAAAUUACACCAACAUGUAUA